AUGCCCUCCCUCGCGAGUCUCCCGGUAGAGAUACGCCUCGCUAUCUUCCACUAUGUUCUUCUCCCCAGCACCGACGACAUGUACUCCCGUCCGCCUUCAUGCCCGGCUACUGUCAUAAUUCAUCCCGCCGAUGUCAAUACCCCUUCGGACCACCCCCGACGGUUCUGGGGUUCUUCCGACAUGUCAUCCCUCCUUCUCCUAUGCCGGCUCAUCCACACGGAUAUCCACAUGCUGAUCUACGCCUCCUCAACAUUCGUUCUCGCACCGCAAUCGACCGCAGUCACGCCUCUUACGCCAACACCAUCACUAGUCGCACCUGCCUAUACCGGGCGCCUCUCACCAUCUCUUCGCGAUACAAUUCGCCAUCUCGACGUCCGCAUUCCACUCUACAUCCGCAGCAUUCGUAACGAUGCCCUCAAACUAUGUAUCGAGGCCCACGAGACGCUCUUCCCAGGCCUGCGCAGCGUAGUACUGAGGAUCCUGCACAUCAGUUUCGCAUCGAACCCAUUGGGCAAGUAUCGAGAAAGCGUAAUCAUUCCACUUCUCUCUGCAUUCCGCGGCGUCGACACCGUCUAUCUGCACUGUCACGAGACGCGCUUCUUUGGCUGGGGCGCGGGCACACGGUCCAGUAUCAAUCAUCCACCGCCUGCAUCCGCUUCUACUCAGAGUUCUGGCGGAGACUGCAAUGUGCAUCCGAAAGUGAAGUUUGACGUCGUGGAGAGCUGGCAGGCAUUUGUGAGGUUACCUGGUGGCGCGAUGCUGUAUCGUAGCUCGGCCGGCAAGACGAGUCCCAAAUUCGAGACACUUUGCGAUGAGAUCGUAUGGCAGCGUACCCAUGGGCGGAGCAGGCCUAGUGUUCUGGCCAUUGAAGGUAUGAACGAGCGGGAAUGCCCGGGAGUGGAGGUAGCGUUUCGCAGUGCACAGACAGACCGGGCAAUGGAUGCGGUUGGUGAUAGGAGGAGGGGCAGGAGAGUAAUAAGAUUCUGA